AUGCUUUUCCUCCCAGCUGCUGCUCUGUGCUGUCUGUGUUCAGCCCUGGUUGCCAUGGCAGCAGAUCUGACCCAGGACCAGUUAACAUGGACCAGGAGAGUUGGUCAAACAGUCUCCUUCAGAUGUGAAGGAACUGGCCAGUGUAGUUUUAAUGAUGUAUACUGGUACCAGAAGAAAGAAACAGAAACAUUCAAACGGAUUCUUCGUAUUAAUAAAAGCAAUGGUCGAAUCAACAAAGGCUAUAAUCAUCCUCAGGAAGAUGAUUUCUCAUCUGUGAAUAAACAGAACAGUUGGGAGCUGGAGAUAAAGAAAGUUAAAGUCGAUCAUUCAGCCUCCUACUACUGCUCCUGUCUGGAGACCUGUCCAGGCGGCGAUGAGUACUACAUCUUUGGCUCUGGAACUAAACUGCAUGUAACAGAUGAGCGGGUAGUGAAGCCCGUGGUGAGCGUGUACCCAGCAGCAUCCAGACCCAACCAGGAGGGGAAGAGCUCCCUGCUGUGCCCGGGCCCCUCAUCCAUGUUUCCUCCUGAGGUCCAGUUCUCCUGGAAAAGACAGAAGAAGGGCGGCUCUCUGGAGGAUCUGACCUCUGCUCAGGGAGAUCAGCUGGAGCUCAGAGAGUCAGGACACAGAGCCUCCAUCAGACUGGUGGAUACAGAUGAUCUGUACAUGUAUACACAUUACUGUUACAUCGAGCAUGAGGGGGGCACAGUGAACACUACUAUUGAAGAAAAAGUGGAGGACAGAGUGGAGGCCCAAACACAUCAAGGGGUUCCAGCUCCAGCAGCCUCCUGCCUCCAGAGAGAGAGCCAGCAGAAGCUGCUCUGUCUGCUGUACACAGUGCUGAUAGUGAAGAUUUCUGGUGUCUGCUGUGGACUCUCUCUGCUGACGAGCCUCACAAACAAGGAACCGUCCACCAGCUCCACACAUGCUGACUGA